AAAUAAUUGUAGGUCGGUAUCCCAAGAGACAUGGCGGCCAGGAAGGUGUCGACAGCACUUACCGGGUUGCCUGUAGCUCGUAACCCACAUCACACACUUGGAGUCCUGUAUGGCAAAAUUAUGCGGUGUCUACAAAAAAUGCCUCAUGAUGCUGCGUACCGCAAAUACACGGAGCAGAUAAUCGGUGAACGAAGUGCUCUUGUGAAAACGGAGGCAGAUGUGUCGAAGUUAGAGAAGGCCAUCAGUUGCGGCCAGAUUGAAGAGGUGAUCCAACAGGCAGAGAAUGAACUAACACUAGCACGCAAAAUGUUGGACUGGAAGCCUUGGGAACCCCUUGUGCAGGAACCACUUCCUGGGCAAUGGAAAUGGCCUAUUUAACUAGUAUGCAUCUUGAAACCUUUAAACAUAGAAAAAAUUAAUGUUGGCAUUUAGUCAGAUCUAUCUGAUUUAAAUGUUAUGUACUAAAAACAUACUGAGUAAAUAAAGUUUUUUUUAACAAAAAAGUGUAUCUGAAUGUGCAUCUAGAGUGCAUAAAUGAAUUAGAAUGUGAUUUUGACAAUAUUUUUUCUCGGAUUACACUUUUCUGAUGCUAGUGGAUUUGCCAGGUACAUGGCAAAGCCUUGUACCUGGCACAUAACAUAAUUCCUUAUCAAUCUUUGAUUAAAAUACUGUAUAUGAAAAGUUUAUUGCUUAUGUGUGUGUCAACUUUUUUCUUAAUGUUUAUAAGAUACCAAAUUGAUAUAUUUUAUUUGGUCUGUAGUUUGUGUAUAACAUGAUCUGUAAAUAUAUUAUGAUUAAUGAAUGAAUUGUAUAAU